AUGGGUUCUUUAGCGUUAACCGUUCUUACAUUAACUCUUGGCAUGUUUUUUAUCUUUGUUGGUCAAUUCAAAAUUACACCACAAUUUUUUCCCGACGUUCAUGAAGAUAUGAGACGGGAAUUCGGUCGCGUUAAUAAAGUAUUUCCGCUCUAUGAAAUGACUGGCUGGCGUCCAUUUGCAAAAAAUUAUCGAAUGGCAGUUGGUAUUACUGAAGUUGUAUGUGGAGCUAUUUUAGUUCUUAUACCUGGUCGACUUAAACAAUUGGCUAAUCUAAUACUUUUAGUCAUAAUGAUGGGUGCUGUUUAUACACAUUAUGUAUUACAUGAUAAAUUUGACCGUAUGGCACCUGGGCUUGUGUUUGGUCUUCUCUUAUUGACUCGUCUUAUCAUUUAUCGACAAGUAGCACAACGAGAGCAACGCUCAAGUGUAGAGAAAAAAGCACCGAAAUCAUAUACCGAAGAAGAAGAAGAAGAAGAAGAAGAAGAAGUCGAACAAGAAUCGGAAGAUCAAGAAUCUCAAAAUAACAAAGUUGAUAAACCAAAAGCAUCGCGUGAUAAGAAAAAAGAAAAGAAGAAUAAAUAA